ACCCAUUCGUUCCCUAGACCCACUCCCCACGGCUUUUAACCCCAAUGUGCUCCUCACCUCUCUACUCACAGCCACCCUAACCUCACUCAGUCCUCCACCGGGGACUCAGUGUAAGUUCCCUUUUCAAUCUCAGCCCUGGACAUUUUAAUUCAGAAGUUUGCCCACGUCUGGACGGAGCAGCAGGACGAGGAAGUAAAACGCGUUUAAGCAACACUACAGUGGAUGCCCUGGCUGCUCGUCCGCAGCGCUGAGAUCGUCAAGGAGCGGGCGGACAGCCCGGUCUGGCCUCUGGAGGCGCCUCGGUGGAGGGGCGGCGCGUCACGGCAGGGAGAGAAGGGGGCUGCCCGCUGCAGCCCCUCACAGCCGAAGCGAACGGGCCGGGUCAGGCCCGGCUGCGCAGUGUGACCGCGCAGCCACUGGCCAGGCGGGGGGGGGGGGGGGGGAAGAGGGGCAAAAGCUACACACCCAGGAGAAGGCCGUCCAUGUCAAAGAUCAGGUAACUCACCGUUGGGCAUCAAGAUUGCUGAAAUACUAGUUGCAGAAGCAGCUAUGGAAAGAGCUGUGUCAAGCUUACAAGGAAGAAGAUGAGACUCCUUUUAUUUCUACUAAUUUGCCAGUGUGCCAUAAACAGUGUUGAAGCAUACAGUGCUUCAAGUCCCAGUCUCAUUUUACUGAUGGCUGAUGAUCUUGGUAUUGGAGACCUAGGAUGUUAUGGGAACAGAACAUUAAGAACCCCUAAUAUUGACAGGCUCGCAGAGGAAGGAGUGACACUUACUCAUCACAUAGCAGCAUCCCCACUUUGUACUCCGAGUAGGGCUGCUUUCCUGACUGGGCGAUAUCCUAUCAGAUCAGGAAUGGCUGCCUUCUCACGAGUUGGUGUCUUCUUAUUUUCUGCCUCUUCUGGGGGACUUCCUUCUGAAGAAAUAACUUUUUCCAGACUCCUGAAGGAGAGAGGUUAUGCAACUGCUUUAAUAGGAAAGUGGCAUCUUGGGAUGAACUGUGAAAGAAGCAAUGACUUCUGCCACCACCCCCUCAGUCAUGGAUUUGAUUACUUUUAUGGGCUUACUGUGACCAACUUGAGAGAUUGCAAACCUGGCCAAGGCAGUGUAUUUUUAAAAGGGGUUCAGAAAUCCCUUGUCAUCCCACUCCAAAUCACUGGAAUCACCCUGGUCUCUUUGGCAGUAGUGCAUUACAUUGGUCUCCUCAGUGUACCUUUCCGAGCACUGGGUUACUGCUUUUUAAUAGCCACCAUUUCACUUGUGGUUUUGAUUUUCUUCUUUUAUUGUUUUCGCCACUUGAAUUGCUUUUUAAUGAGGGACCAUCAGAUUAUCCAGCAACCCCUCUCCUAUGAGAACCUUACGCAGAGACUCACAAAGGAAGCUGUGCAGUUUAUAGAAAGGAACACUAAUGUGCAGUUUCUUCUUGUCUUGUCUUAUCUUCAUGUUCAUACUGCUCUAUAUGCCUCAAAAAAUUUCAGAGGAAAGAGCAAGCAUGGUUUAUAUGGGGAUGCAGUGGAGGAAAUGGACUGGAGUGUAGGGCAGAUUCUGGAUGUGCUGGACAAAUAUAAUCUGAGUGAUAAAACUCUCGUGUACUUUACAUCUGACCAAGGGGCUCAUGUGGAAGAAAUCUCCAGUUCUGGAGAAGUCCAUGGAGGAUACAAUGGCAUAUAUAAAGGUGGAAAAGCAACGAACUGGGAAGGUGGUAUUCGUGUACCAGGGCUUCUUCGUUGGCCUGGAAUGAUACAGGCUGGUUCCUAUCUUGAUAAACCAACAAGUAACAUGGAUAUAUUUCCUACCGUAGUCAAACUUGCUCAGGCACAAUUACCUUCUGACAGAAUUAUUGAUGGACAUGAUCUGAUGCCCUUACUUCAAGGAAAAGUUACCCAAUCCAACCAUGAAUUUCUCUUCCAUUACUGCAAUGCAUAUUUAAAUGCAGUGCGCUGGCAUCCAGGAAACAGUGAAUCUGUCUGGAAAGUCUUCUUCUUCACUCCAAACUUCAGUCCGGAAGACUCCAAUGGUUGCUAUGAUUCUCAUGUCUGCUUCUGCCAUGGAAGAUUCAUCACAUGGCAUGAUCCCCCACUGCUCUUUGAUCUCUCCACAGACCCUGAAGAGAAAGUCCCACUGACUCCAAAAACAGAGAGACAUUUCUAUGAAAUCCUCAGGGUCAUACACCUGGCAAUAGAAAACCACACCAGAUCCCUCCAUGCUGUCCCUAACCAGCUGUCAUGGGACAACCUUCUCUGGAAACCAUGGCUACAGCUGUGCUGCUCAUCUCUCUUUCAGUCUUGCUACUGUGAUCAUGAUUCAUAAAGGAGCCUGCUGGAGGUCAGUUCAGGAUAAACAAGCUGCAAUUCCCUUUCAGAAACUGGAACAAGAGAGUGUGGGUAGCUGACUUGAACCACUGUGGUACCAGACUUCAGAAUGUUUUGUUAUGUAGGAGCACCUGUCUUCAAAUGCAUCAUUGUAGAAGAGGAUUUCAGUCAAGAAAAUGUUUCAACAGAAGGGCAAGACACACCUUUUCUAUCUUUAUAAUGCAAGAAUCAGUAUGAAGCACAAGCUGUCAUCCUUAUCUACCAAUGGGCAGGCUGUAGACAUUUUCUAGAUGAGAUAAUUAUCUAGAUAUCUUCAGUUUCAGCUUUCUUCUUUCACAGCAAGAAAUUUGCCUAUAGUUUAUGUCAAUUACAAUCACUAAAUGCACACUUUCCUGUCCUCUUUUGCUAAGUGCUACCCAGUAUUAGUAGGACAUUACAGAGCAGUUAAAAAUACAGAGAUAAUAAUGGAGAGGUACACUUGUUACUAUAAUUUAGCAACUGAGAGGUAAAGAGGACACCUGCAACAGCAUUUCUAUCAGGUAUUAUGGAUAUGAAAUUAUAACAGCUUGCCAAAAAUCUAACAUUGCUUGUGCCAUAAUAGCGUAGAGAGCUAUGUAGCAAAGACCUUCUGUUCAUAUUAAAACAGUGCUUCCUAGCUAGUGUCCUAUUGUAUGGUUUCAACCUUUGUUUCAAAAGGAAACGACUUCAAGUAUGCCUGAGUGUGUGCCAUAUGUAUAUGUAUCUGCAAGCCAAAUUUAUAACCUCUGAAGCCACCCAAAUCCUUCAAUCCCUGAUGCGGAUACACCCCUAUGGUCGUAGCCCAGUUGCUAAAAAGUGAAAAAUUUGGUCCAUACUUGAUAUCUGAGUUCCAAAUUCACACGAUACUACACAGAUGUCUUUCACUGUCUAUGACAUACCUAUUGUUUUACUGCUGAAUGUAGUGUGAUCACAAAUGAAUAAAAUGAGAUCUUCCUUUAAAUAUCUUUGCCAUAGUUUAAACUCUCUGAAUAGGAUCUAUCAUUUUCUGAGAAGAAACUUGGACUUGAGCAUUUAAAGCUAAAUAUAACUGUCUGAGUUCUUAGCCUUGGGAAAUAUACAGUACUUCAGGACUAAUUUUUAUAUCCAUUUUUAUCUACAUCUUAUUCAGGCAAUUUUUUUUUUUCCACUCUACAUGCAGGCAAACUAUUUUCUUUAGCACAUUGUACCAGAGGAAAAUAUAUCAGCAGAAGACUAAAAUGAUUUGAUGCCUGACAAUGAAGGGUGGCUUGCUCCUUAUCACAAGACACUGGUUAAUUCCAAUAGAAUAAUGUAUUAAAAUCUGUUUGAGGAAAAAGUGCUCAGUGAUAAUAGUAAUGCAGUAGCUUCAGUCAGCCAACAUUAAGGUUGUGACCUAGUUCUUGGGAGCUAUUGAAGCCUGUCCUGUAAAAAUAUAUUGUGAUAUAUGGUAUAUUUCUCUGUCUGUAAAACCUGGGCUUUAUUUGAUUUUUCUGCUGCAGUUUCAUUCAAAAUUUCAUUCUCUACAAUAUCCAUAUGUCUGUCCUGGGAAAUGUUGUACUUUUUCCUUGAAGUCCUGUUUUUGAUGUUUCUCCUUGUUUUCAUGACUGUGUAUCUUAAAUAUGUGCUCUGCAAGUUCUCUGUAGGUAGCAAAGUCCUGUGUAUGCUCAUAAAGUUAGACUGUUCAGAUAUGUGUCUGAUAACCAUUCAGGACAGUUUAUAUUGUACCUGGAAGUCUGUCAGAUGGCCAGUCAUGGGGCAUAAUUUCCUCUUUGCUUUAAUUAACCACUUAAUAUUCUACAUACACUUAGAAAGAAAGAUGCCUGCGGUUUGAAUAGAAGUAUUCUUCUGCAGUGAUAGUGACUGCCUCUUAGCACCAUGGCAGGAUCCACACAUCCCACAUUUUUGGUGCUCACCAUGUGGUCCAAGAUCCCCUUGGGGCACAGCACCAGUGCCUGCAUGCUUAUCCUUGCAGUGGACAGCCAGGGUGCCAGCUGCUCCUGUACUUAUCACCACAGCAUGGGGGGAUGCCCUCUCCGGCUCCUGCAGCUCUGACACAGCUUAUACAGAACUUUUUGAACAAAUAUUCCUGCUGAAGCAUAUGUGAAAAAAUAUGUUGUGUGUUAUGUAUACAGCAGUAACCCAGACAAGGUGUUUGGUGCCAUUGGAUCUGUUUUGUUCCCAUGGUUGCUGGGCUGUGACCUUGACAGGGAUCUCAAUUUAUAUUCUCAAGGACAUUCACAUCUACUUCUUUUCAUUGGGAAGAUGCUAUGUUGCUAUUAUUUCUUUUCUUUCUGCAGGUGCAGGAACUGUUUGUUUCGUUAGGCACCACAGCUGCUCUGUGCUGCCUGACUGAGGUAUCAAAAAUCAUAGUUUUUCUACUCCUGUGAUUUCUUCUUGCCUGCAUAUAGCCUUUCUUUCAUAUCCUUCUUGUGUUUUGGUGCCAUCUCUCUAAUCUUUCCUAAAAAGCCCCACAACCCUCACUUUUCUACAUAUUUCUCUUCCACUCGGUCCUCUUGUUUGCUUGUCAUACUGAUGAUGGAUAUUUUGCCCUAAUGAAUCAGAAAAUAGUGGUUUUGAUGAAAAGAUUUGACUUUUAGAGCUUCGUGACACUGCUAACCUCCUCCUUACUUGAUGUCUAGUAAGGAUUAACUCUGCAUUAUGAAAUCUAAGAAACUGAAACACACACAGGACACCCUGAAUAAUAGAAGUUAUUUCUUGUUUGUGGCAAAAGCUUCAUAUUUCCAAAAUAUAACUUAGUGCAACAUUUAAUAUUUUGACAGGCAGUAAAAUAUGAAAUCCAUUUUUACAACUGUUCCUUCAAGAAAGAUUCUAUUAAGAACAGGGCAGUAUUUUUCAUACUCUAUGUUAAUGUCAUUUCAUUUAAUGCCUAAAAUAAACUUUCCCUGUAUUGCAGACGUAUUAUACCCUUCAGUACUGUAUGUUCUGUUCUGGAGAUGGCAUGUUAGAUCAUGGCAAUUAAAGUAGUCCUUGUUUAUCUGCAAAAUAAAAUGAGAAGCGUGAUA